GAGCGGGCGCGUGCCCCUGGCUCCCCCGAGGCGCGUGCCCGAGCCAGUGGCCUGGCGCCCGCCCUCGGCCCCCUGGGCUGUGCUCAUUCACUCACCGCUUCUCUCCUCUGUCUCUCUCUGCAGCAUGGCCGACUACCUGAUCAGCGGCGGCACUGGUUACGUGCCCGAGGACGGCCUCACUGCACAGAUCCUCUUCGCUUCUGCGGACGGACUCACCUACAAUGACUUCCUGAUUCUUCCCGGUUUCAUUGACUUCGCUGCAGAUGAAGUGGACCUGACCUCUGCACUCACCAAGAAAAUUACCCUGAAGACUCCCCUUGUCUCUUCUCCCAUGGAUACUGUGACAGAAUCCAACAUGGCAAUUGCUAUGGGGUUAAUGGGUGGAAUUGGAUUCAUCCAUCAUAACUGCACCCCGGAGUUUCAAGCUAACGAGGUCCGCAAAGUUAAGAAAUUUGAACAGGGCUUCAUCACCGACCCAGUGGUCAUGAGCCUCCACCACACAGUCGGGGAUGUAUUUGAAGCCAAAUUACGACAUGGCUUCUCAGGAAUCCCAAUCACAGAAACGGGCAAAAUGGGAAGCAAGCUGAUGGGGAUCGUCACGUCACGGGAUAUUGACUUCCUUUCGGAGAAAGAUUAUGACACUGCCUUGAAUGAGGUGAUGACGAAGCGGGAAGACCUGGUUGUUGCCCCAGCUGGUGUGACCCUCAAGGAAGCCAAUGAAAUUCUACAACGUAGCAAGAAAGGGAAGCUGCCAAUCGUUAAUGACAUGGACGAGCUGAUCUCGAUCAUUGCACGGACAGACUUGAAGAAGAACCGAGAUUACCCACUGGCGUCGAAAGACUCACGGAAGCAGCUGCUCUGUGGCGCAGCCAUUGGAACACGGGAGGAUGAUAAAUAUCGGCUGGACCUGUUGAUGCAGGCGGGGGUGGAUGUUGUUGUGUUGGAUUCCUCCCAAGGAAACUCUGUCUUCCAGAUAAACAUGAUUCGAUACAUUAAGCAGAAGUAUCCAGAGCUGCAGGUGGUUGGUGGGAAUGUGGUAACUGCAGCACAAGCCAAGAACCUGAUUGACGCUGGAGUGGACGCUCUACGGGUCGGGAUGGGGUGUGGUUCGAUCUGCAUCACUCAGGAAGUUAUGGCAUGUGGCAGACCUCAGGGUACUGCAGUAUACAAAGUGGCAGAAUAUGCUCGUCGUUUUGGUGUCCCAGUUAUUGCUGACGGUGGAAUCCAGACGGUCGGGCAUGUAGUGAAGGCUCUAGCCUUGGGCGCUUCAACAGUGAUGAUGGGUUCAUUGCUGGCAGCUACAACCGAGGCCCCAGGCGAGUAUUUUUUCUCCGAUGGAGUGAGAUUGAAGAAAUAUCGUGGUAUGGGGUCAUUGGACGCAAUGGAGAAAAGCACAAACAGUCAGAAACGAUACUUCAGUGAAGGUGAUAAGGUGAAAGUGGCCCAAGGAGUUUCAGGAUCAAUUCAGGACAAGGGAUCAAUCCACAAGUUUGCACCUUACUUGAUUGCAGGAAUACAGCACGGAUGCCAGGAUAUCGGAGCCAAGAGCCUCUCCAUCCUUCGUAAUUUGAAUCUUAUGGGAGCUUACCCGGCUGCAAGGGAUGAUGGAAAGGUUUUCUCAUGGUGCUACAGACCAGUGUCAAUGAUGUACUCAGGGGAGCUGAAGUUUGAGAAGAGAACCAUCUCCGCUCAGGUAGAAGGAGGUGUGCAUGGUCUGCAUUCAUACACAUUUUUGCCAUUUACGAGAAGCGGCUUUACUGAAGAUGGGAAUGUUGCUCACCAGGCCAUGGCUCCCAACGUCCCCUCCCCACUGGCCAUCAAACAGCAAAGGCACCCUUGACCAUCUUCAUCUGCCUCUGGAACUGAGGCAGCUACCCCGCUUUGCGCCUCCUGGCUUGUGACGCACAAUUUUUUACUUUUGUUUUUGGACUUUUGUAACUUGAGCUGUGAAGAAUAGAGUCGGGGAGAAAAAGAGCAAUGCAACAGCUGCCUCACCCAAUGAGACUGAGUUGUUGGUGUGAUGGGCUGCUUCGUGCUUGCUAUUUACCCGAGUCCCAGAGACAAGCCUGGUGUCCAGCUUUUACAGCAAGAUUUCACUUCGAUAGUUUCACUCAACAGAUUGGACCAUAAAUUUCUUUUUGUCACCAGAAUUGUUUGUGUUUCUGCUUUAAUUAAAAAAUAUAAUAAUU